AGGAAGAGAGAGAUGGAUGAAACAAACAAUAAGUAUAUAACAUUGAUUGGUGCUUCAAAUUGGGAUAUGUUCACAUACUGUGACAGAAUACCUGCCAUUGGAGAGACUAUAAAGGGUACAAACUUUAAAGUAUCAUUCGGUGGAAAGGCUGCCAAUCAAGCGGUACAAGCAUCACUACUAGGUUCAAAAUGUUACAUCAUUACAAAGCUUGGUGAUGAUGUGUUUGGUGAUAAUACAUUGAAUAACUUUAGAACUAGAGGAGUGUCGGUGGAUCAUGUGACUUGUGUGAAUGGUGUGUCGUCGGGAUGUGCAUCAAUCACAGUCGAUAAGGAUGGUCACAAUAACAUUAUAAUAGUCGGUGGUUCGAAUGACCUCUUGUCCGAAGAUGACGUAGCCAAUGCUGCCAAGACAAUCCAGAACUCAUCAUACCUACUCUGUCAGCUGGAAACCAGUCUAGCCACAACCUACCGCGCACUAGUCACUGCCAAAGGGUCACAAAAGUGCAAGUCAAUUCUUAAUGUAUCACCGGUAACAAGUGAUAAAGAGAUGCUUAGGAAGUUGUUGACAGUUGUAGAUAUAUUGGUGGUGAAUGAGGUGGAGUUGGCAAUGUUGUCCAACUCUUUAGAGUCAGAGGUCAAUGUUGAGAAACUGGAGACAGUGCAUCAUGCUUCACAGAGAUUACUUGGCAUUCAUACAAACAUUGCAGAUAUCAUUGUGACACUUGGCGCUAAAGGAGUUGUACUUACAUCACGCGCAACAAUCGACAACUACAAACAUAUUGUCGCCCCAAUUGAAGUGUUGCAUGGAUUGAAAGUUGUCGAUACGACUGGUGCUGGAGACAGCUUCAUUGGAUCAUUGGCACACUUCCUGACCCAAGGUCAUUCGCUCAGCGACUCAAUCGGCAAAGCAUGUCGAGUGGCUGCCAUCAGCGUCACUCGCUACGGCACUCAAACAAGUUAUCCAUCAAUAUCAGAAUUG